AUGAGAAGAUUCACUCUUUCAACACUAAGAGAUUAUGGGAUGGGAAAAAAAGCUAUAGAAGACAAGAUUAGUGAAGAAGCUGAAUACUUAGUGAAGGCAAUGAAAUCUUAUGGAGGUAAACCUUUUGAUAAUUUGACCAUCCUUAAUGCUGCAGUGGCCAAUAUAAUCAUCUCCAUACUACUUGGUCAUCGAUUCAAUUAUGAUGACCCCACUAUACUGAGACUCAUGGGUUUGAUUAAUGAAAACAUACGGCUUAUGGCUUCCCGUGUGAUCCGGCUGUACAAUGUUAUCCCAACUUUGUUAGACCUGCUUCCAGGACCUCACCAAAAAGUUUUUGAAAAUAUGAGACAGAUGCAAAACUUCAUAAGAGCAACAUUUACUAAACAGAAGAAAACUCUAGAUGUAAAUGACCAGAGGAAUCUUAUUGAUGUCUUCCUGGUAAAGCAGCAAGAGGGAAAAACCGAAUUCUCCCAGUAUUUUCACAAUGAUAAUUUAAUUGCUUUGGUGAAUGAUCUUUUUAUUGCUGGAAUGGAGACAACCACCACCACUUUGAGAUGGGCAGUACUGUUAAUGAUGAAAUAUCCAGAAAUACAAAAGAAAGUUCAAAAUGAAAUUGAUAACAUUAUCGGUACUGCUCAACCUCAAGCAGAGCAUAGGAAGAAAAUGCCGUAUACUGAUGCCGUAAUUCAUGAGAUCCAGCGGUUUGGUGAUAUUGCACCAAGUGGGGUUCCACAUGAAACUGUUCAAGAUGUCACAUUUAGAGGAUAUUUCAUUCCAAAGGGCACUGCUGUGUUUCCAUUGAUGUAUUCUGUACUGAAUGAUGAAGCCUAUUUCAAAAAACCCUUUGAGUUCUAUCCGGAGCAUUUUCUUGAUGCAGAAGGAAAUUUUAAAACAAAUGAAGCCUUCAUUCCAUUCUCUAUAGGCAAAAGAAGCUGCGCUGGUGAAACCUUGGCCAAAAUGGAGCUUUUCCUUUUCUUUACAUCCCUACUACAGAAUUUCACCUUCCAGGCGCCCCCUGGGGCUGUGAUAGACCUUGAACCAGCAAGAUCAGCAACUCAUGCACCAAAACCAUACCAAGUUUGUGCAAUACCUCGCAUCUAA